CGCAAAUUGGGCGCGUGCCCAAUCCUCAUUGUCAAUCUGUUAUUAGCGACCAGUUCGACUUCUAAUAUGGUCGACUGACCAUCAUGGUCGAAUUGACGCCCGCAUAAUGCCUCCAUUGCGGGGUGGGCGAGCCCCUAAAGCAUGUGAGAAUUGUCACAAACUCAAGUCACGGUGCUGGCCGUCUGACAACGCCCGGGGCACCUGUUUGCGUUGUGAAACCCUCUCACAGCCAUGUUCCCUGGACUAUACGAGCGCCUACAGCACCCCAGCUUCGGCCUCCCAACGAUAUCGAAGGCGGCCUACUGCUGAUACGACUGGCAUAAGUGCAGCUGUUUCUGUGGAUGAACGGCUCGAGCGACUAGAAAGUACUGUCACAGCAUUGGUGAAUCGACUGGAUUCCAGCAACGGAUCUUCGACAAAUUCUCCUCCUGACCCACUACCGCCACCGACGCGGGUGCCGGCUCCUACGUCUGGAGAAGAACAAGAUCAAGCGCCUGUAUUCUUGAUACGGAAUGCUGCCAAUGAUGUUGGUGUCCAUUCGCCUGAACAAGUCUCGGUGCAUCCAAAGCAGCACUCAGACGUCAUAUCUAUCGGCUUGGUACCGCUGUCGACCGCACAUUCCUUGCUGUCUUUGUUCCAUGUCCACUAUGGUCGAUGGGUAAAGUUCACCGAUGACAUAUCGACUGAAGCGUUACUCCUACAAGUCCGGAAGUCGCCAUUACUGUUAUGCAGCAUAUUCUUGAUCGCAGUAAGACAUACAGCGCAGGAGCUUGCCGACAGAUUAGCCCCGACUUUGUUCGAAGAGGCAAAACGACUUAUUGCAUCGUCGUUGCUUGUGGUACCGCAAACGAUUGAGUUUUUCCAGGCCGCUCUUGUGUUAAGUCUGUGGUCAACGACAAUCGGUCAAGUGCCUCUGAGUGUUGACAGCUGGCUUCUGACGGGCUAUGCUCUGCAGCAGUGCCUCGCAAGUCCUCUCUUCAACGAAGUCUUUCAGGCCGAUGUCCGACUGGCCAUCAAUCACAAACAUCAUAGUGCAUUAUGCAUGUGGAAUCACCUUUGCGUUGCUCACCUCCAAUACUGCGUUGGCACACGCAGACAGGCGCUUUUAAACCAGUCGCAGGUCGAUCGAUGUCUCCGCAUUCUUGACACCGACAACGUCACCAACUUCGAAGCAAGAAUGGUUGCGGAGGUCAAGCUGUACUGGAUAGUCUACGAAAAGUGCUGUGGGUCGCAGGUGAAUGUGGCAGACACGAAGGCCGCUCUCAAAGCCUGGCAGGAAGACUGGGCUGCUUUAUUCGAUGAGCCCAGGGCUCAGUUCCUCAAGAUGGGAUUCAACUUCGCUCACCUGCUCGCCUACUGUCAAUCACUGAAGUCUGCCCGGGCAGUCAUGAGAAGCCCUAUCCUAGCAGAGAUGAUCGAGCGGUCGAGAGUGAUCAUCAAUCUGGCCAUGGACACCACGGACGAACGCACCCGUCAUUUGACGGACCACAUUUACCAUACCAUCACCUUCUCGGCACUCACGUUAUGUCGACUCGUCCAUACCUACGAAUCCAAGUUGCGAGCGGCGAAUCAUGACAUAUAUGCUCUAGAUGCUCUUGUCUAUCGACUCGUGGGUUGGCUUAGGUCUAUCGGCCUUCCGUGUCACGCUGCACACAUUCUGGGCGACGUUGUGUCGGCGCAGUUCAAGAAGUUGCGACCGAACUUUCAGCCAGAGCCGGUUUAUGGUACAAGUAGUACACCUAACCGUAGCCACGAAGGCACUGUUAUGGACCAUCCGACAUUGCCCUUACCAGAAGAUGUCGCCUUUCAGUUCCCUGAUUUCAUAGGGGCGGAGUUGUUCGAUUUGAACGAUGAUACCUCCUGGCCACAGUGGGAUAUGCUGAUGUCAGAUACUGAUAUGUCAGUAUGAAGAGCAAGGUGCAGGACGACUUUGUCCAUUCAGGACUAUAUGUGCCAAUAUAUACAAUUUUUUAAAAGCAGCAGCCAUCCUCCGAGGUUUAUGUUGCGCCAAGCCGCCCUCAAUUCUCAAACUCUAA